AUGGCCUAUAGAGGACUGUUAGAGUUUAAUAUUUUGAGAUUUGUGCCCGGAGUUGCCCGGAGGAACUUCAGCACAAGUUCGUUUUUGCAAAGUAGGCUUCAGACGAUAAGAGAUAGAGCAGUGAGACAGCAAAUAGAGUGGAUCAGAGCAACAAAUCCAAUAAAACACGCAAACAGAACGGAUACAACGACAUAUAGGGAGAGGUGUAAGAUACCGUUUAAUCUGCCACCUCAGGAAGAGAAGGCAGAGUCGGAAGAAUUGAUGGAUGACAUAAAUGUUAACAAGUACGAGGGGAAGCUGGAGCAGAUGGAAAUAGAACACUUUGGAAAGAUAACAGCGGAGCAUGGAGACGUGUUGAAAGAAGGAGGAGACUGCCUAGUGGUGCCGAUACCGCCAAAUUUAACUCCACACAGAGGAUUCGGAAUGAAGAUACUUAAUCUGGGAGGGAAAAGGCUUAUUUCGGCACUAGUUCAAAGGUCAAAGCUGAUCAUAUCAGAAAGAAUCAAGGAGUUGGAGACAGUGAAGAGCACCUUUAAGGAAGCGGAAGACUACAAGAAGGCACUAUUGGAGGCGAGAACACUACAGCUAGGGGAUGUGGUACUGACACCCACGUUCGGAGCUGCAAAGUCGACGUUGCUGGCGUUUAUGAUAACGCCCUACUACUGGCAGGGAAACUCGAGGGAGGCAGCAGUGAAGCUGAGAGAGACAGUAAAGAAGUGUCUGGAGAGUCUGAACUUCCUCAAAAUAUCAAACGUGCUGAUGACGCACGUGGGAGAGUCGCUGCACGGCUACAGACCAAGAGACGGAUGCGAAAUAAUGGUGGAGGAGGCCUACGAGGUCAUAUUGCAGUUGGACCACGUUGUUCCUAAUUACUACCUGAGAUCGGUGAGGUUCGUUGACAAGGAUGUGGAAGCAUCGAGGACCUUUGCACACGCAAUAUACAAAAUUAGGCAGGAGAAGAUACCAGAGCACCAAGUGGUUCCAGCGCCAGUAUACUAUAGCAGGAAGAGUGCGAGGAUCAUUGAAAUAGACGAGUCGGUGUUAAAAUUUAGUUCCCAGUACAGAAAGAUAACAUAUAAGAAGCACAGCGUUGUCAGAAGGAGUAAGAGGCUGCACUAUCUGCGGAACCUCAGGCCUUUUAUGUGGAGAGGAGCCUCUAAGUUGUACGAGCCACCUCCGUUCCUCCUUUACAAGUUGACCGGUGCGGCAAGUGCGUUUCAACUGCCGCCGAGACCGUACUACAAAAAGGGCAUAUCACACAGGCUGUUCCCAUUCUACUCCAAUGGCGUCAAGGCGAUGAGAAUGUCCGGUUCAGGAAGAUGGGUAGGAACCCCGAAGAAGAAGGACAUAUACACGACUAAUUUGCAAAACACAUGA